AUGGAUUUAGAUGAAGAUGGUCAAUUAAAGAAUGUUUUAUGGGUGGACGCAAGAAGUAGGGCCACAUUUAAAGAAUUCGGUGACGUUGUGACAUUCGGCACUACAUAUUUGACUAACAAGUAUAAUAUGCUGUUUGGUGCUUUUGUGGGUGUUGAUCAUCAUGGCCAUUCGAUACUGUUAGGUUAUGGGUUAAUCUCCAAUGAGGACACAGAGACGUUUGUUUGGCUAUUUCAAUCUUGGCUUGUAUGUAUGUUGAAUUGUGCUCCUAAGGCAAUAAUCACUGAUCAAGAUAAGGCCAUGCAAAAUGCAAUCAAGAUUGUAUUCCCUGGCACACGACAUGGAUGGUGUUUGUGGCAUAUAAUAAAAAAAUUACUCGAAAAGUUAAGAGGUUAUAGUCAAUAUGAAGGUAUUAAAUUUUCUUUGCAAAAUGUUGUGUAUGAUUCAUUGACAUGUGAGGAGUUUGAAGAACGGUGGAAUAUGUUCAUUGAUAAAUACAACCUUCAUGAUAAUGGUUGGUUACUCGGAUUGUAUAAUGAAAGACAACGUUGGGUGCCGGCUUUUGUAAAAGACAUUUUCUGGGCAGAAAAAGAAAGGGAGGUUGAUUUUAAAUCUUUUAGAUCAUGGAUCCCUUGCAUAACGACUUAUGCUAUUGAGAAACAAUUUCAAGAUACAUAUACCAUUGUGAAAUUCAAAGAGUUUCAACAAGAGCUAGCGGCUAAGAUCUAUUGUGAUUUAUCUUCUUUCAAAGAGACUGAUUCCUGUAUGGAAUUUAUAAUAGAAGAAGAUGUUGUGGUUCGUGUUCCUUUUGUGGUUUGGCCUCAAGUGGUGGCAAGAGAGGCCGCGAGAGAGAGAGGAAAGGAGAUUUGA